GCUCCUCAACCAAACACUACCUUAGCGUCUUCGAAUUCUCCGAGGCACCGCGAAACAUUAUCCAGUGCAGAGCGUACAUAUUCCGCUGCGUCUAGCGAGGUAGCAGACAUCGACGACGACGACAGGACAGGCUAUACUUUUACCACAUCUGCUGGGUUCUUGAUCGAGCUACGGCGGCCUAUACGGAUGAACAAGAAGAAGCGGCGGCGGCGGCGGCAGCAGCAGGGUGGGAGGCCUGUGCUGGUGACGUUCUACGUGACACAGCCAAGGGACCGCGGCGGCUCCACGGCGUCGUCGUCGUCGCAUCACCACCACCACAACAGGCAGGAGCGUCACGAUGACCACCACCGUCGCUCGCAUGGCGGUAGUGGUGGUCGUCCUGGCAUGCAGCGGCGGCGACGGAACGACGGCAAAGCCCAGAGCGGUGACCGGCGGGCGGACCUGCUCGAGUACUCGCGGCAGCUGAGGGCGUUGGCGCGGCAGACGGCGUCGGCGACCACGCCUGUAAGCUCCAUACCACCGCCGCCGCCGCCGCGUUGUCGGGACACGGACACAAUCAUGGCCGCUGUUGGUGUUCAUAGCGAAGAGCAGCAGGGAGCUCCAGCUGUGAAUCAUCGGCUGGGGCGCGCGAUGAGCCAGCAGCAGCAGGUCCGCCCGCGUUGCUUCGGUGGUGACGGCUGGAGCUGGAAGAAGGUGCUCGUGCUCGUCCUCCCUUCCCACAGCGAGAGCAGGCGUCCAAGAAGGAGCAACCGUGAUGACAGCGAAAAGAACGUCAAGAUCAAUCAGACGGGCCGGGCGGCUGCGUCGUCGUUGCUGGUCGGCAAGCUGACGCAGGUUUGCAAGGGCAGACGAGACCGUAGCGGGUUACUGAAGCCGCUCAUGUCCUUGUUUCAGAAGCGGCCACGAUAGAUUGUCGAAGAGGUGUACUGUGGCGAGCGCGGCGAGCGAGCCUUCUAGACACCAUGGAUUCUUGAGCACAAACAUGAUAUCAACAUGAGAAUUAAUAAGGUUCCAGGGGCGUCCCGUCGUUUUAGGAGACCCUGUGCAAAACAUAAAAAAAAUAUGGAGUAACUUUAAUUUGUGUAUAUAUGUACACAUGAUAUAAUGAAAAUUAAAUAUUGUAUCGAUUAUGUAAUCUUUAUUUAGAACGCAUUAUUUUUUUGGUGUUCUUUAAAAUAAAAUCGUCGAUGAUAUUUUUAUA